AUGCUGCCGUUCUUGUAUCAGACACAAACUCUUCGGCUGGCGGCCAGAGGUCCCUCGUUUGCGCUGAGCUUUGCCCGGCUGAGACACACUGCAAGACGGACCAAGAGGCCUGCAGACAAUGCGAUUCCCUUCCAGUGGGAGGCCGAGGACCGAGAGCUGGCCGGCAGCGACGCAGACCGGGUUUCAACCAUCACGCCAUCCGAAGCCCAGAUCUUCAGGGGCAUCUUCCAUGAGAUUGCCGAGGGCAAAAUGCCCGCCUCAAAGCGACGAAGCCCGAUGCGGCAUCUGCAGGGCAGGUUCCAGGCUGGGAGCGAUGCGCCUGCGAGCAGCAGCGACAAGGACAGCAGCCGGAGCUCGGCUCGCUCCUCUGCAGAAAAGGCCCGCAUCUCCGAGUUCCGGGACAAGUUUCUCAGUCGGUAUCCCAGGUCGCUGCAAAACGCCGCGCAGGUUGCCCUGGGUCUGCAUGAAGUCAGGCCGCGGGACGCAGAGGCAGAGCAGGAUGCUGCCCAGAUGAUGGAGCUGGAGGGUGACGAUGAGGCGGCAAGGGUUGAGCGUGAGCUUCUUGAGCUUGAGCGAAGCAAAGAGUGCGAGAGGGUGGAAGCUUUAAUGAAGGCAUGCAAAACCGAUGCAGAGCUGUGGAGCGUCAUGGAAAGAGAAGUUUUCUCGCUGCCUGAAAAGCUGCAUAUUGCCCAGGCAAAGCAGUCAGGCACCAGUCCGCGUGGCCCAAAGGGCAGAAAGAAGGCAAAGGCGGAGGAAACCAAUCAGUCUGCCCUUUCGGAGCGUGUCAUGAACAUCCACGGCCCGCUGUACUCGCGAUUCCUCACCACGGCGCUCGACCUCUUCGACUCGGCGUUUGCUCGUCCCUCUCCAUACAUCUUCCAGAUCCUUCCCCGAAUCAAGGAACUCGGCUUGCCGUCGUUUGUCCUCGGCGUCUCGACGCCAUUCUACGCCAAGCUGGCGGAUAUCUACUGGCGCCGCUUCGGAGAUGCGAGCUCUGCGCUGGACAUGCUGCACGAGAUGAACUCGGCCGGCCUGUUUGCGAAUGCAGAGGUCAACGGCCUCAUCUCGCAGCUGCGCAAUGAACUUCAUGCAUGCGCCUGGGGCGGCCAGGGGCCUUUUGUCAUGGCCAUGAUGGAGUCCCCUCCGUAUGACGGCGCGUUGAUGCAGAGGCUCGAGGAGGUGGUUGAGAUGAUUGGGCAGUCGUCGCAGGACCGCCUGAAGGAUCAUUCUUUCUAA